AGAGUAGCUGCUGCUUUUGCAACAGCUAAUGAGGAUCCUAAUAAAAUACCAAACACCCUCCCCCCCAUCUAACCUUCUCCCCCGUCUAACCCCCUGCCCCCUCGGUCCCUCCAGACGUCCCCAGUAACUGCUCAUACUCUGGAGACCCUCAUCCGUCUGUCUACGGCCCACGCUAAAGCCCGCAUGAGUAAGGCUGUGGAGCUGGAGGACUCUGGGGUUGCUGUGGAGCUGGUCCAGUUCGCUUACUUCAAAAAGGUUCUGGAGAAGGAGAAGAAAAGAGGGAGGAAGGAGUCUGACUCUGAGGAGGAAGAGGAGGAGACAACACAACGUUCCCCUCGCUCAGACAAGAAGAGGAGUCGCCGUAGUUCCCAGAGCAGCGAGGUCCACGACCCGUAUGACUUCGCUGGAGAGAAGGACAUCCCUGAGAUCCAGGCUGGCACGCCCAAACCGGCUGAGGCAGAAGAGGAGCCGAUGGAUGCCCCUGUCCCACCUAGCAAGGACGGACAGACUGAGGUGUCUGUAGACAGGCUGAAGGAGUUUAAGUCCUCUCUCCUGGAGGUGUUCCGUUCCACACAUGCCCAGUCCCUCAGUAUGAACUCUCUGAUGGAGAGUGUCAACAAGGAUAGUGACGCCCCCUUCACCCUGACAGAGGUCCGGGUUGCCCUCGCUCGCAUGCAGCACGACAACCAGAUCAUGUUGGUUGACGACAUCAUCAUCUUCCUCAUCUGAAGACCUGGGACAACGACAUUAUCAUUCACAUCUGGCAGAGGUGG